AUGGAGAUGAACAGUGCCAGCUGCUGUUGUUGGAGUUCUGUCCACAUGCCCAUCAGAGCUCAGGAACGAGAUGCCUCAUAAGAUAGGCUUCACUGUGAUCAGCUGGUCUGGUCAUGAAGAAAACUACAAUGCCAAAAAGCUAAUGGUCCACGCACCCACCAUCAAUGGCUGGAGAUCCACUAGGUUCUGUCCAUUCCCUCAGGAAAUUACUCUGCAGUUGGUGGAGAGAUGUCGCAUCAGGAAGCUGCAGCUGCUGGCCCAUCAGUACAUGAUCUCGUCCAAGAUUGAGUUCCACAUUGGAGACAGACUGCCAGAGCCCACCUCACCCCAGCAGGAUCAGUGGCUCCACAGACUGGGGUAUGUGUCUCUCUCAGACAAUGAGAAGACCAGUUUCAGAGCGAGAGAGCUGAAAUCAGUUCAUGUAGAUGCAGUGGGGGCUUACCUGAAGCUCACCUUUCACAGAAACCAUGCAAAUCAGUACAACAUCUACAAUCAGGUUGCAUUGGUGGCCCUAAAUAUUUUAGGGGACCCUGUGGAUGCAAAUGAUGUUGGCUCAUCGCUCAACCGUGUUCAGCUGAUUGAUCAAUAUCUUAACAACAGCCAAUACAGCUCAGCCUUGGAUGGCACAUACACAGGGCUUUCGAGUUAUAAAUGUGAAUCUAUCUCGCCACUUGAUGAUUUGGCAUUCGACAUGUAUCAGGAUCCUGAAGUGGCCCAUAUCAUUCGUCUACUGGACCAGAAAAAACAGGACAUGGUUCGGCAGGAGAGAUUCGAUCUGGCGAAAAUACUCAAACAAGCAAUUGCAGACUUGCAAAAGGUGGGAGAGCGAUUGGGGCGGUAUGAUGUGGAGAAACACAGUGCCAUAGAACGAGAGGACUAUGACACAGCGAAGCAAAAGAAAGAGGAAAUGGAUGCUUACAGACUCACAGUCUACCAGCAACUGGAGCUCCACAACCUGCUGGACAUCAGUCAGAUCCCAAAAAUUGUGGAGGUUUUCGAUGGUGAAUUUCUCUCUCCAAAAGCUGGAAUGCAAAAACCCACAUCUUGUCCAGAGGACUCACCCAGGAAGAAGAAACAGAAUCAAGAUGUGAAGGAGACUGAUGCGCAGGACACCCCAAAACCAGCUAGCCCUAAACACACAGUUGUUCCAAUAUCGCUGACUCCUCCACACGUGCCCAAGAUUGAUAUCAGUUCCCUUCCUUAUGACGAGAGGCCUCUACCUUCUUUUAGGAAGAGAUCGAGUGAGCCUCCGGUCAGUCAGGUCGAUGAAAUUCCCCCUCUGACAGACUCAACCACCCCACACAGCCCUGGGGUCACAGGACAGCCAGAACCCCUCACAGAGAAAGCCCAGAGAGAGGCCAGUCUGCCUAUUGAGAUCUAUGGAGACAGUCUGGUGGCAGGUGCCUAUUCAAAGACAUGGACCUACAGGGAGGAUGCCUUGCUGGGAGUCUACAAGAAAUUGUUGGAGGUUUCACCCGGAACCCCAAAAGCAGAACUGCGGAGCAUGACGCGAGCAGCUGUAUUCCUCUGCAAGAAAGCUCUCACCGAUAAAGUUUCAUCCGUGUUUCAGGCAUCCCUUAAACUGCUUCGGAUGAUUCUGAGUGAGUUUAUUCCUGCCCAUCAGCUGGGCAGAUCUGAGAUCAGUCACUGUGUGGAACAGACUUUGAAUAAUCUGCUCUUUAGGACUGGAGACUCUGCCCUGAGACUUAGAACACUGGCCAUCACCUUCAUACAGGAAAUGGCUUUAAUUAAUGAGGUGAGAUCUCUGCAAAAUGUGCCUUUGGAAAUUGUCAGACCCAUUCAAAGCAAUCUACCUAUUAGGCUGGCACUUAGCAGACUGGAACUGUUGGAAAAGCUUCUAGAACAGCUGGGCACCAAAGACUCUGGCUUCACACUCGACAACGUCAUGCGGUUUUUGACAGUUGGGUUGGAGCACAGCGCUGCCUCAGUGCGAUUACUCUCGGUGCGAGUUGUCCAGGCCAUGUUCCGUCUUCAUGGUAAAGCGGUUCUACAUUAUCUUCCUCCCAAUGACAGCAGCACAUGUAAAAACGUCCUCUACAAGAACCUGUUUGACUCCCUUUCGAAGUUGGAUGGAAAUACCAUUGACACACAGAAGCCAAAAAAGGGAGCAGAACAGGAAGAAGGCGAGCGAGAGAAAGAGGAAAUCAGGAGCUUACAGGAGCAGCUUGCAGUACUGAAGGAGAUCAGUGAUAAAGGGAAGGAAAAUGCCUGGAAACAACCUGAGAAAAAAUCUGAGAAGGCGACUAAAUCAGCAGGUGUUAAAAAGAGAACCCAGUCUGUCUCUGCUGAUGUGAAAGGCAGCCAACAAGCUGCGGCUAAUUUCUUAGACAAUCUAUGUAUUUUCUGUGGGGAGAGAGAUGAGUCGUUUACAGUGGAUGGACUUGACCUGCACUACUGGAAACAUUGUCCAAUGCUGCAGCGCUGCCUUCGGUGUAGACAGGUCGUGGAAAUUGCUAGUCUGACAGAGCACUUGCUAACAGAAUGUGAGCGGAGGGCAGAUUUUACCCAGUGUCCUCUCUGCUUUGAAGCCCUCCCUCAAGACAAGUUAACAGGGCAUGCUCAGAGCACAGCUUGCAAUCCACCAGCUUCUGUGGAAAACUGGAAUCACUGUCCUCUUUGCCAUGAAAACCUUGCCUCUGGAGAGGAGGGUUGGAAGUCUCACCUCAUGGGAGCAGAGGGUUGCAAACAGAACUCACGUAGGAGAGUGGUACAGCAGAGCACUCUCACACACACACAAGGAAAGAUAGUCAGCACAUCUGUAGCGAAGACAACAAUGGUGAUUUCCAAACCUAAGGCUCGAGGGCAGGGGAGAGGCAGUCGCAUCCAUGCACCUGCUUCCAGAAUCAACAGAGGCAACAAAAAUCCCCCAGGCAAGGUCUCUACCCACAGACUACAACAGGCAUAGCACAGGAACUACAUGCUAACUUUACUGGAAUAAACCUCUUAUGACUGAUUCGCAGCAAAAACGUGAAUCUACUUCAUAUCAGGGGUUGCCGGGUUUAACAUAAAUGAUUGCACUUAUUCUGUACUUGUUUAAAAAUGUUCCUACAUUACACGAUUGUAGCAUCAGCAUCAUUGUUCUGAGCACAAGCUGUUAUGGGAGACACCUGAUAUAAAAUUUACCCAUAACUAAAUGUAACAGAGUAUAUGUAGGAAGCUUGGAAAAUCUAAAAUGUAUGAUGAUAAUUUAUGAGAUAUUUGACCAGAGAAACCGGUUAUGAGCAGGUAUUCUGCUCUGUGUUUAACUUUUCUUUUGUAAACUAUUUUAAAAUUAUAUUCUUGUAUCUUGUUUUAAACUUGCUUUGUUUAGUGUGUGUAUUUUAUGUGAACAUUUUGUGAUUUGUAGCACUCAAAGAUCAAAAGGAUCACUAGCACCAUAGCUAAAAGUGUAAAGUAGCCUUUUAAAACAAACAAAAAAUCCAUUAUAGAUUUGGACUUGCAGAGCUCAUAGAGACCAUUUAUCUGAGUCUCAUUUUAUUAUCUCUGAUUCAGAUAAUGCACUAAAUUGGUCCUCACCACAUAAUGUUUGCUUGUACAAAAAUUUUGUUUUUCUUGAAGGGGGCUGUGACUCAUGUUGCUGAACUGCCCUUUUUUCCCCAAGAAAAUCAUGACUUAUUGGUACGGAGACAGUGCCAACACAUGAGGCCACUGCUGGCAGAAUGAAGAGCCAACUCUAGAAAACCUGUUUGAUUUACAAGGGCGACACUAUAGACUAUUAACAACUCAUUGGUCUUUGCAUUUACUUCAGUAUUAUAACUCUUGGUAUCAUUUAAUUUUUCCUAGAAAGGGCUCAAUCUUAUUUGUAGUUGCUGGUAUGCAAACUGUUUUGUCUGGUGUGUGAAUUAUGCUCCAGUUAAGUUUUAAAUCACAGGGUGUGAUCUGCAACCUGCUAUUAGAAGCUGUAUUCAUUCAGUUAUGCUUUGGUCCAUAAUUUGCAUUUCAAGUGAAUCCUUAUUUUUAUAAGAUUCAUAUCAUUUAGAUUGACCGAGACCGAAAUAAUACGAAAGGCAGAACAAGCUGAUUCGGUGCCUAAUAAUACAGAAUCAUGUACUUUUAAAAAUAUUUGUGUACAAUGAGGAGUGAACUAAAGAAUUUAUUCUGAAUUUAUGAGAAUGAGUAACGAUAGAGUUAAAUUGAACUCAAAAACGAAACCACCUUAAACACUUCCUCAGUACAGAGAUGUCACUGUGUUUUCAUUUUAAGAAUGUGUUCUGGUGUCAUGCUGACAUAAUGCAGUGUCUGUAGCUCACACUUUCACUGCUGUGGCAAAAACAUACACAUAACAGAUUAAGGGAUGCACCGCAUACAUGUUUCUCUCAUGUAUGGAUAUGUUGCUGGUCUAAGAUGUCCAAUUUUUAAAUAUCAAUUAUAUAUCAAUAUAAUUUUGAGUCAACCUAAGCAAUUGAUUUAGAGUGUAAAGUGUUGUAUAAGUGGCAAAAACAUGUAAAUCCAAAUGAGUGAUGCAUAACCAAAUGGUAUUAAUUUUGAAAACAAAAGUCUUAAUAUAUAUGAAAUAUACUGUAGAUGAUACUGGUAGUAUAUGAUAGGAUUUUUUGAACGGAGUAGCGCUUGUUUUUUUAUGUUUGCUAUAAUCAGUAUUUAUUUUCGGCAUAAAUCAUCUAAAUUAUAGAGUAACAGAUUUAAAAAGCACAGCAGAGCUUUUUCUAUCACAGUAAACUGGUGCUAGUGAGCAGAGGAAGUACUAAAAAUUAUGCACUAAUUACGAAUUUGAUUGUUCUCCAGGAUGUGGUUGCGAGCUACCUUUAGGUACUAUGAAUUUAGUGGCCAAUUAGAAAAUACUUGGCCUUGCAUUUACUCCUUGGGUAAAUUUGGGGUCUUAAUCUUUGGGGUCUUAAUCUUGCCGCUUUCCAUGCAUUCUAAACAGUAUAGGUGGGCUUAUGCAUUGCACUGCUUUUCCUCAAACACAAAAGCACAGUUUACAGCUUUUAAUGUUGUAUGUAAAGGAUAAGAUGUCUGCACAUAGGGAGCCUGGGUAGCUCAGCGAGUAUUGACGCUGACUACCACCCCUGGAGUCACGAGUUCAAAUCCAGAGUGUGCUGGGUGACUCCAGCCAGGUCUCCUAAGCAACCAAAUUGGCCCGGUUGCUAGUGAGGGUAGAAUCACAUGAGGUAACCUCCUCGUGGUUGCUAUAAUGUGUGAUUAUCGGUCACGGUGGGGCACGUGGCGAGUUGUGCUUGGAUGCCGCAUAGCGUGAAGCCUCCACAUGCGCUAGGUCUCCGUGGUAACACGCUCCACAAGCCACGUGAUAAGGUGCAUGGAUUCUCUGUCUCAGAUGACGAGGCAACUGAGAUUCGUCCUCUGCCACCUGGAUUGAGGCGAGUCAUUACGCCACCACAAGGACUUAAAGCGCAUUGGGAAUUGGGCAUUCCAAAUUGGGGAGAAAAUAAAAAGAUGUCUACACAACAACCAGAUACUUAUCAAGAAAUAUAGUUUUGAUUUCAUUUAUACUGCUAUUUUAAAGCAUAAAAUGUGUAAGCUUGCAGGAAUAAUUUUUUUGUAUUUUGAAUUCUAUUAAUACACAUUGAUUUCAUGCCCCACAAAUUUAUGUAUCAAAAUUGAUGGAAACUAAUAUUUGCUUUGACUAAGC